GACGGGAACCAGCGCUGCGAGGCCGGCUGUCGUCCGGGCGGCUGGCGGGGCACGCGGAAGCGGAAGCGGAAGCGGGGCGGGCGGGUGUCGCGGCGGGCGGAACCGAGGGGCUCCGGAGCGCCGAGGCGUUACGCGUGGCCGCUGGCGUUUUGCGUUGCUUGUUAUUGAGAGCUGCCGUUUGUUGUCUGUGCCGUGUGAUGCGAUUCUCGGGGCCUUAAAAAUGGGGAACACGAGCAGCGAGCGAGCCGGGCUGGAACGUCAUGGGCACAAAGCAUCUCGGGCUGAUGGUGCGGGAGGAGCCGGCGGCACCAAGGAUGGGGACAGACCGAAGAUCUUAAUGGACAGUCCCGAAGAUGCGGACCUGUUCCAUUCGGAGGAGAUGAAGGCGCCAUUGGAUAAAGAAGAGUUCCUGGCUUGGCAGCAGGAUCUGGAAGUGAGUGAUAAAACCCCCACUCAAGCUCGACCAACAGUUUUUCGCUGGACCGGAGGAGGGAAAGAAGUGUAUUUAUCUGGGUCCUUCAACAACUGGAGUAAAAUUCCUUUGACGAGGAGUCACAACAACUUUGUGGCAAUCCUGGACCUGCCAGAAGGAGAGCACCAGUACAAGUUCUUUGUGGAUGGGCAGUGGACACACGAUCCUUCAGAGCCUGUUGUAACCAGCCAGCUGGGUACUGUCAACAACAUCAUCCAGGUGAAGAAAACUGACUUUGAAGUAUUUGAUGCUUUGAUGGUGGACUCCCAGAAGUGUUCAGACAUGUCUGAGUUGUCAAGUUCUCCUCCAGGACCAUACCACCAGGAGCCCUAUGUCUGUAAGGCAGAGGAGCGCUUUAAAUCUCCACCCAUUCUUCCCCCACACCUGCUGCAGGUCAUCCUGAACAAGGACACGGGUAUUUCUUGUGAUCCUGCUUUGCUUCCUGAACCCAACCAUGUCAUGCUGAACCACCUCUAUGCCCUUUCUAUCAAGGAUGGAGUGAUGGUGCUCAGUGCUACGCAUCGUUACAAGAAGAAAUACGUGACUACCUUGCUAUACAAGCCAAUAUGAACAUCAUAGUAGCUUGUCACCAAAUGUUCUGGGCCAGUGCAGUCUCAGAAGAAAAUGCUUCUCUUAACCAAACGUAUUCCUCCUCUGUGCUUUAGCAAAUGAACUCUGACUUCACGUUGUUUCUGAGACUUCAGGUUCUCCUACAUUUGCCUUAUUUUCCUGAUCCCACAGUGGAAGUUCUUGGAAAUGGCAGCUCCGUGUCAGCUAGACCGAUGGCAGAUGUGUCAGUGCCCAUGGUCAGCUCACUUCAAAAAAGAAAAGCAAGCACCAAUACAGUAAGGCUGAAAAAUGUGAGGGUAGUAAAACAGAUUAAGGACUUUCAGUGAGACAAAUGAUAAGAAACAAGCCAGCUCAAAGUCUAGAACAUUCAGGAUUCUUGUGGAAUCUUAUCUGAGCUCAGCAUUCAGCAAAAGCAAGCCUUUUAUAACUGCUUCAUCACUUAGAAUGCAUCAAAGCCACAGUUAUUUCAGUAGCAAGUUCCAAACUUGCGUGGCUGAAAUAAGUGUGAAUAGUGAUGAUUAUUUUGUAGCAGCCUUUCUAGGCUAAACCAUCAACACAAUCACCUACGGGUUCAUUUUUAUUUUACAGUAGAUUGGGGUGCUCUGUUUCUACUGUGAAUAGCUCUGUAGUUUUUCUCUUCGUGAGAACUGAAUUACAAUUUUUCCCCUGUGGAAUUUCUGGUAAAGACAAUUGUUUUUAAUGGCUGGGUUUUUCUGUCAAUCCUAGACGUGUCUUGCAGUGAUCUGCUUAUUUGCAACCAAAUUCCCUUGCUGUCACCGAUGACUUCGUCACGCUGGGUGAGGUGGCUGAAAGGACAGCAGUAGGUUCAAUGUAGGGUCUUGUUCUUCAGUAACAGCCUCUGUCAGACAAUUCAAAGGUGACUGUAAGUUAGCUGUAUCCCAGUGGCCAGACUUGACUGCUGGUCAAAACCAGCUGGGCUCCUGCACCAGGUUGCAGCAUUGACUGCAGGUUGAAAAUCCCUGAUGCUUCCAAAGCCAGGCCUGUGGCCAUCUGUGCACAUUUUAGUCUAUUCAUAUUUUCUAAGUAAGUGAAUACAGUAAUACCAGGUUGCCUGUAUGUACUUACAAUUACUUGCAGCCUGUUUUAUCCCCAAAUAAAUGCAAUGUUAAUGUAAAACUGCCUGGCAGCAUGCCUCAGAUCUGUCCUGGGGGAAGCAGCUUGGGAGGUGACCAGCUGGAUCUGUCCUCUUUGGUGUUUGGUGCCUGAGAGCAUCAGUGCCUGUGCCAAUGAUCACCAGCCCCUCUCCUACAGUGGGGAAGAGCACAUUGAUCAAAUCAGUGAGGAGUUAAGUGGGGACAAAAGCAGCCAGCACUCAGUGGAACCAGCCACAGCAGAGGAGGACUUGCCAUCCUCCACUCUGUUCACAAUCCUCGUUGCAAUAUUCCCAGUAGCUCAGUAGAUCUGGGUACAGUGCAAUGGUUUUCUUUGAAAACUCUCUUCAUUCUGUGCUAUGGAAACCAUGUGGUAUACUGAAAUAUGGAAUUGCUUUUGUUUUCAGCCUUGAUAGAAACAAAUAAAUAAAACAUUUUCAAGGAAA